AUGGUUGGACAGCUUAUGCAUGUUGUUGAGCAAUAUUGCGUGAGAGUCACUGGAAGGGGAAGGCGUGAAGUGGUAUCACAACCUAUCUUGGCUGGCGAUUCAUGUUGUUAUUGUACCUUUCCGGCCGUUGCUUUUGGCCUAAGGUCUCUUGGUUUAGAAGCUGCUCCCAAGCAUGGAUAA